AAAGGAAACAUUGUUGGUUAUUGAUAUAGCGCGGUGUAAAUGAAUGUUGGUGGCUGUUAGCAAUUAUAGCAGGAAAAGUGCAAUAUGAAUGAUGGACCAGGACGAAGUUACAAUCAGGGAACAGAAUUUCCACAGUCAAGUUAGAGAAUACAUUAUCUGUUUUCUUCUGUUUGCUGUACUCUGCAUUGCUACUUACUUCGUCUUCUCCAGAUAUAAAAAGAAAGCAGAUGAUCAUGAAGAUGCUGUAGUCAAUCAGAUUUCGCUGUUCUUGAGCACCUUCACACUCGCUGUCUCAGCAGGGGCUGUGCUGCUUUUACCAUUUUCGAUUAUCAGCAAUGAAAUCCUUUUGUCCUUUCCCAAAAACUACUAUAUCCAGUGGCUAAACGGCUCUCUUAUCCAUGGGCUGUGAAACCUUGUUUCUCUCUUCUCAAAUCUCUGCUUGUUUGUGCUGAUGCCAUUUGCCUACUUCUUUCUGGAGUCUGAAGGUUUUGCUGGUUUAAAAAAGGGGAUUAAAGCCCGGAUCUUGGAAACUCUUGUUAUGCUAAUACUUCUGGGAUUACUGAUUUUGGGUAUAGUCUGGGUUGCUUCAGCCCUUAUUGACAAUGACACAACCAGUAUGGAAUCAUUGUAUGAUUUAUGGGAGUUCUAUCUUCCUUACUUAUAUUCCUGUAUUUCACUGAUGGGAGGUUUACUGUUGCUAUUAUGUUCACUGGUUGGUCUUUCUCGGAUGUUUACAGUGAUGGGGCAGCUACUAGUAAAACCCACGGUGACAAGUUUUGUUUCAGUGUUUUAG